UAUGUUUCCUCUUCUACAACCAAAUCUGGCUCCCUAUCGUCUUAUAUAUAGAAAGCUUAUAAAACCGAAUCAAAUGUCUAAUAAGAGCUGUUGUCACUGCCUUUACUAUCUUAUUAGGCCCCUUUAUUUUAGUCGUUUCGUCGUGUAAGAGGGAUGGUUUGGAGAGAAAAACCCAGAAAGUCUGAUGGGGUUUUGAGGUUGUUUACGUGGGUGGUGUUGGGUUUGGCUCUUCUUGAAACGACGGCGUAUGGAGGAGGGAGAGUGAAGGCGGAGCACAAGAACGCCUACGCCUCGAUGAUGUACAUGGGGACGCCGAGGGACUAUGGGUUCUACGUGGCUACACGUGUCAUGAUCAGAUCGCUUGCUAGACUCCACGUGGACGCCGAUCUCGUCGUCAUUGCCUCCGUCGAUGUACCUCUCUCUUGGGUUCGAGCUCUGGAACAAGAAGAUGGAGCAAAGGUGGUUAGAGUGAAAAGUUUAAAUAAUCCGUACAAAAAUCAGGCCAAUUUUGACAGGAGAUUCAAGUUGACUCUAAACAAACUCUAUGCAUGGAGUCUGGUGGAUUAUGACCGGGUAGUUAUGCUUGAUUCUGAUAAUCUCUUCCUCCAAAAAACUGAUGAAUUGUUCCAAUGUGGACAGUUCUGUGCAGCUUUUAUUAAUCCUUGCAUCUUCCACACUGGCCUCUUUGUGUUAAAGCCAUCAAUGGAUGUUUUCAAGGAUAUGCUUCAUCAGUUGGAAAUUGGGAAGGAAAAUGAGGAUGGUGCGGACCAGGGUUUUAUUGGUGCCUACUUUCCAGACUUGCUUGAUCAGCCUAUGUUCCAUCCUCCUGCAAAUGGCACCAAGCUUGAUGGAACCUAUCGACUUCCUUUGGGAUACCAAAUGGAUGCCUCUUAUUACUAUCUUAGACUCCGCUGGAGUGUACCCUGUGGACCAAAUAGUGUGAUUACUUUUCCUGGUGCACCUUGGUUGAAGCCGUGGUAUUGGUGGUCAUGGCCUGUUCUGCCUUUAGGCAUUUCAUGGCAUGAACAACGUCGUCAAACUCUUGGGUAUUCUGCAGAGAUGCCCAUGGUAGUUAUACAAUCUGUAGUUUACUUAGGAAUAAUAGCAUUAACACGCGUAGCACGGCCUAAUCUCUCCAAGCUAUGUUAUCGGCAGUCAGACAAGAACAUCAACUUAGUACAAGCUGGCGUCAAAGUCAUCGCAGUGUGGUCUAUUAUCGCUGCUUACAUAGUCCCCAUCAUCGUCAUUCCCUGCACACUUCAUCCAAUACUAGCAUGGUCGAUAUACUUUUUAGGUUCUUUUGCUCUUUGCUCUAUAAUAGUUAAUGCCUUCCUUUUGCCAAUGCUACCUGUUUUGGUUCCAUGGCUCGGGAUAUUGGGGGUGCUUUUUGCCAUGGCAUUUCCUUGGUACGAAAACGGGGUUGUGAGAGCCCUAGCAGUGUUUGGUUACGCCUUCUGUUGUGCACCAGUUUUGUGGGUAUCAUUGGUAAAGAUCAGGGAUUGCCUUCAGGUUUCACUUGAAAGGGAAGCUUUCUUCCCCAGAUUGGGUGAAUCUUCACCACCUUCUGGGUUCAACAAAUUGUACUAAGACAUUGACCUAGCUGUCCAUGAUUCCAUCGGUGCCUGGGAUAUACAUUCAUGAGGAUCUUCCAAAUGGUCCUCUAUGUAUUUUGAGAAGCAAUGUUUGGCUGGAGAGGAAAUGUGACUGGGGGGCUAGAUUUUUGUACAGGGUGGUUCCCUAUAUUUUGUACCAUUAAUUUACUUGGUUCUUUAUAGUUUUCAUUGAAUUAAGCAACGAGGGUUGCCCCGAUUCAUUUUGGGAGGCAACACAGUAAUGUAAUCUCACAGGUUUGCUUCAUUUAGAUCGGUGGCUGGCUCCACAGAAGCUUCUUGUCA